CAAGAACACAGUAGAAUUUCUCAGAAAGGCACUUCUGAAUUGUGACAAUUACAACAGCUGGAAUAUUCAAUUUCAAUUAGUCGGUCAAUUAAUUCACCAAUGCACCACGACUAAAGUCAACAUGUCUACAGUCAAGAAGCCUAAAGUCACCUGGUCGCAGUCUGCAGCUGCUGCGGAUAAACGCAAAGAACGUCCAUAUGUGUGUGGUUUGGACUUUCACUACAAGAAAAUCUCAAAAGCCGAGAAAAGUGUUCCUGAAUGGCCUGAAGAAUCAAUCUUUACACAAAAGGUGGCUGAUGUUCCAGAAAAAAUGCAGAGGUAUGUCUCCAAGUUUCGACCACAAGUUCUUGUCGAGAGCAAGGCAAACAAGAUGGCAAUGCGAACGAUGGGACCAGCAAAAGUAGAGGUGGAACCUUACAAAUCCAUCAGGGUGCCUAAAAAUAAGCCCAAACUACCUGAGAGGGUUCCUCACGUCUGCUCGAUGAAGAAACCACCUGUUCCUUUGUGCACAGAGCACCCACCUGUGCUCAUGAGACCAAAGAGGAACUUUCUAAAAACAAUGCAAAAGCUGAAGAAGGUGACCCAUGAGCCCGCCUUUAUUGACAUCAAGGGGCACAGGCAGAUACUUAAAGAUUCUGGGUAUGUCCCUGUCUACGCCAAGAAAGAGGAUUAUGGAAAAAUUCCUAAGUACUUAGUCCAACUCCACAAGGAAAAACUGAAGAAGGCUGAGGAGGAGUAUUCCGUGUUGAAACAUGAGCUGGAUAAGAUGGCCAGGAAACUGAUGUCAGACGCAGAGCGAGAAUACAUCCUGAAGGGCCUGAGGAAGACCUGGAAGAAGGUGCACAGUGAUUACCAGCUGUUACCAUUCGUCCUCGAAACCUUUUCAAUGCUUGCCAGAAAAGACCGACUGGAGAAAGAGCUGUGUCGUCUGGAGGCGAACAUUGCCCUCUUUGAGAGUUCCAGACCAAUCUACCUCGAAAGGGAUGACUUAUCUGACUUCACCCUGACUGGACCCCGGUCUCCCACAACAUCGGAGCAUUCCCCGACUUGUCCAUCUGAAGCCCACUCCACGGAGAGUAGCUAACAGGUUAGCUGCUGCUUCCCUGCGCUGCUGAGAUGGUGCUCAUCGAAUACUCCUUGGCGCACCUUGACGACGUCAUCACAAUAAACCACACGUGCACACUAAUACCACCUCGUUUGAAUGUGCCCAAGAAAAGCCUCCUCCACCUUCAUGUCUGA